GUGAGCUGGGCUGGCUGCCUAUUGAUUGGAAAACAACGGGCUGUGGGAGGACAGAUAAGGGUGGCUGUGGGCUAACGGGUGAGGGAAGGGAUACAGACCGAAGCUCCGACCACACUCUCACCCCUCUCUCUCUGUUUUUCCUCCCCUGUUUCACACUGGAAUGAAUGCAACUGCUCCUCAUCGGUGGGUUUCGCAGUGGAGGGUGGCUUAGGGCGCAGAUCUGCCUCGUCUAAGAAGCUCCUGCCUACACGCCGAGCCAUAAUAUCGGAGGCACAUCUUACUGCAGGGCACCCAUUUCAGUGAUCAAACUGACUGGGGACACCAUGGAAGCUCCUCUGGUGUGUUUGGAUGAGGAGUUCGAGGACCUCCGGCCAUGUCGGAUGGAAGACCUGGACAACCCAGCCCUCAACCACUCCUCUUACUCAACCACAGCCACCACCACCACCACCAUCCCGCUGGCUCCCAUCACCCGCGAGGACUUCUCUGAGCUGGAGAACUUCUCAGAGAUGAUGAGCUUCAAGUCCAUGGAGGACCUGGUCAAUGAGUUCGAUGAGAAGCUCAACGUCUGCUUCCACAACUACAACACCAAGACGGAAGGCCUGGCACCCAUACGCAGCCAGUCGCACAACCAAGAGGAUGAGGAGAGGCUGCAGGAUGAAGAUGUGUGGGAUGCUCUAACGGACAACUACAUCUCCACUUGGGACAACCCCAACUCAGAGGGAAUCAACGGAAACCUUUCUGACCAGGAGGUCCACGAAAAAGAGGAGGAGGAGAUGAACGAGAAGAACGACAACGCCAACUGCUUGAACGAAGAGCCUCUCAUCACAGCUGACCAGGUCAUAGAGGAGAUAGUUGAGAUGAUGGAGAACUCCCCAGACCCUGGUGAGACAGAGGAAGAGGAUGAGGAGGAGAGCAGCCACUGCUCCUCCAGGACCAACCCGUCCCUCCUGGAGGAGAUCAGGCAGCUGUCGCAGGCCUCCAACAACAACUGCUCCUAUGAAGGCCUGAGCCUGAUGCCCAGCUCGGCGCUGGUCAAGCUGCUGCACCGGGUGGAGGCCGCCAUCCGCGAGUACUCAGAGGAGCUGGUCAGCCAGCUGGCUCGGCGUGACGAGCUGGAGUUCGAGAAGGAGGUGAAGAACACGUUCAUCACGGCCCUGAUGGAGGUGCAGAACAGGCAGAAGGAGCAGCGUGACAGCGGCAAACGCAGGCGCCGCGACAAGGCCCUGAGUCUGCAGGGAGGAGGAACUCUGCCAGCGAAUGCCGGGAAUACCACGGGACGCACAGAGAAGACAGGAAGCAUGCCUGUCAAGCGUUUCAGCAUGGAGGGACUGUCCAACAUCCUGCAGACCGGCAUCAGACAGACGUUUGGAAGCACAGGCAGUGAGAAACAGUAUCUAAACACAGUAAUUCCAUACGAGAAGAACGGGACCCCACCGUCUGUGGACGACCUGCAGAUGCUCACAAAGAUUCUUUAUGCCAUGAAGGAGGACAGUGAGAAGGUGCCUACACUGUUAACUGACUACAUAUUAAAAGUGUUGUGUCCCACCUAAAGCACCGCCAGGCCAGGGGCCGCCGUGCGACGGAGACUCCGACCCCCUCCUCCGCCCGCGCCGAGGGCUCCUCCAACCUGGCAACCCUCCGCGCCCCUGGCCCAAAGCUGCAUGACCUCCCCUCAUUUACCAUUAUCAGCCAUGGAUCCUCACCAUCGACAUUAUCGUACGUUACUCACCUCGACUACGACUACUGCCUUUCGCUGAGCUCACCUUGUCCCCUCCUGCACACCAAGCUCAGGCCAGACCCAAAAUGGCUGCCAUAUGAAUACGUGUUGGGGCGGCCGGUCCCACUUUUAAACGGACUUUACUAACAAGAGCAUGACAUGCUACUAACGAACACACCGCCACAUCGGUACAGGGAUUUUAUUUUGUUCUUUCUUUCUUUCUUUCUUUUUCUUUCUUUCUUUGUGUUGUUGUUUCUUCUUUGGUUCGUACAACGGAGACAAUUUGAUUUUGACACAUAGUUUCAAACCGACCCGCUGGGUUUUGUGAAUCAUUCAGUUCAUCGAUCCAUACGGACUACACUUUACAGAUAAUUAAAAUGCCAUAUUGCAUCCAAGUGUCAGCAUAUCUCUGUAUUGUUGGAGAUGAAAAAAAAAAAAAAAAAUUAAAGUAAAUCUAAUUCAUUUGAAUACAAAAGCCAUGCACCUUUUUCUGCCAAUUUAGUACUGUAGCUCCAUGUAAAAAAUAAAUAAAUAAAUGAAUAAAUAAAUAAAAUAAAAAUAAACACAACUAUUACGGGUGCAGUGCAGUGUGCUACACGCUUUUUUUCUUCUGUUCUUCUUCUUUUUUUAGCCAAUAUUUGAAAAUCCAGUGCUCUUCUGACUUUUUUGUAAUUUCUUUUCAUUUUUAUCUGAAUAUUUGAUACACAGUCUGUUGUUGGUUUUCUACUUUUCUUUACUGUGUCAUCAGAGUGUUGUCCAGCCCGUUCAGCCGUGUGGAAGUGUAUUACUGAGUUUUUCCUCGAAUGUCAUUCCCCUGAUGAGAUGAGCUCAUUUGAUCAAAGGCGUACAUAUUGAGCAUAUUUAUGACUUCCUUUGAGCCACGUAGGUGAAUGUUACAUUGCUAAUCGCAAAUUCUAAUAAACAUUCUACCCUAACAGC